CUUUGUUAUAUUAAAAAAAAAAAAAAGGAUUCGUCUUCCUCUCCACACCCUUUCUGCCACCUCAUCUCUCCCACCAUCUUCUCCGUUCCGUUCCGUUCUCAAAUCUCUCCUCCAAAAGAUCCUCGAUUCGUAUCCAACAGUUUCGAGUUUUCUCUGAUUCUGAUCCGAUCGGAUUUUUUUGAAUUUUCUCAUUUAAUAUUAGAUAAAAAAAAACUCGCUGAGAUUUGACCGGGGAUUAAUGGAGUCGGUGUCUCCGGUAUCGAAUCAGUUGCUUCAGCCGACGACGAGCUCCAGCUCCGAUCGCUCUCGCCGGAAACGGAAGAAGAAAUCGCCGCCGUCGGUACCUUCGUCUCCGUCUCCAUCGGCGUCGUUGCAGAAAUGGAGAUCGGAGAAGCAGCAGCAGAUCUACUCGACGAAGCUGGUUCGUGCUCUAAGGGAGCUUCGAAUCAGUCAACCAUCAUCAUCGUCGUCUUCGAUUCCCGGAGGAGGUCGAGCCGUUCGCGAGGUCGCAGAUAGAGCCCUGGCGGUUGCGGCAAGAGGCAAAACACUGUGGAGCCGAGCGAUACUAUCCAAAGCCGUGAAACUCAAAUUCAGGAAACAGAAACGGCAGAGAAUCUCGAAUCCGGCGACGUCACCGGCAAUCACCGGAAGUAUCCGGUCAAAGAAACAGAGAGCGACGGUUAUGAGGCUCAAGGCUAAAGGUUUGCCAGCUGUACAGAGGAAGGUGAAAACGCUGAGCCGGUUAGUUCCCGGUUGCCGUAAACAAACUUUACCGGUUGUUUUAGAAGAAACCACUGAUUAUAUAGCUGCGAUGGAGAUGCAGAUUCGCACCAUGACUGCGAUUCUCUCCGCCGUCAGCUCUCAGCCGCCGCCGCCGCCGCCGCCAGGUCAUGAAGGGGGACAAACACACAUGCUUGGUUAGUUGGCCAAACUGUCCUUUCUUAUUUUUUUAUCAAUUUGAAAAAGAAAAAAAAAAGUGUUUCUCAUUAUUCUUCACUGUAUUGUCUGCUGUUUACUAUUCAACCUCUCAUAUCGUCAUUUUAACAUUCCAUGUAUAUCCUUUUUCUUGAAUCUCUCUGUUACUAAACAAUAGUGCGACGACAAAAAAUAAAAUAAAAGAAUAGGACAGUGAUUGAGCUCU